GAAAACUGUCCUAGCGAUUCGGAAAUAAAUACGGUAGUGCCUAAUAGAGGUGUAAAAGUAACGAAAAAAUGUUGUAGCAUUGCAGAACCCUGCCCUCCCAAUUAAAUAAUUUUUUUUAAACUUCUUUCUGUAUAAGUAAAUAUAAAUAAGUCAAUGUUUUUAGAGUGGUGUGUAUAUUAUGAGACAGUAGAAUCAGACGUUAUGGCUAUUAAUAUAUGUUAUUUUCGCUUGCUAUGUGUUUUAAGAAGGUAUUUUGUAUUUUAACAGACGUUUUUAAUCAUUACUAUUUUUUAUGAAAUUAUUCACAAAUGAGCCGUUGUACUAGAUUUUUACCUGUUUAGGCCUACUUCUUCAGGAUAUUUCUAAAUGAUUUUAAUGUUGUAAAGUAAUUUGUAUUAUGAUUGCUAUUCUUAAAUUUUAUUAACGUAUUGUAAUAUAAUUAUAAAUCACGGGACUGUGUCUGGGCUGGUGUGAUGGUUAGAAAGAGAGGCAUGAGAGGCCUGUAAGUGUGAGUGAGAAAGGAACAGUGUUUCCCCGCCAACCGAGAUAAAGACGGUAAUUCCCCCCCUGCAUGGGAACCGAGUGAUAACUGCUGUCUCACGGUGUGGGAGAGAGAACGAGAAUGGAAGUCCCCGAUUUCGAUGUAAAAUUGAAAAGAGAUAGAUCAGGGGAAGCCCAGUGUUCUGUGUGUAAAAGGUUUUUUCAUGUAUUGUAACUCGUUCUGUGAUUGGCUUGUAUCUGUAAGCAUGAAUGAAGCGUGCGUGUGAUUGGUCGGUGAGGUCAUGUGACGUCUACUCCCUGCGUGGAGGAGAGUGUGGUAGGAUUUCACCAGUCGUCUGUCGAUCGCUGCCAGGCGAGGUCGCGUUUCGGCGGCUCGCUGUUUUUUGUUAGGUUUUGGCCGUGUUCUAGGCCGCACAUAUUUCGGAUAGUUUCCUUAUUGAAGGACUUAAUCGACGUUAUUAUUUUAUUAUUUAAAUCUCAUCAAGUGAACUGCAGGCAGUAUUCGACGGGCAGAUAUAUGUGUGAAACGAGUGAAUGAAACAUUGGGUUCAAUUUGUUUAUGCAUUCUAGUUGAAAAAAUAAAACAACGAAAAUAGACGCUUUAAAUCUUUUUAUUUUUGUAAGUAACGAACCGUUACAAUUGGCGCCCAACGUGGGGCUUGAAUUUGGACACGACCCUGAGAUUAAGACGAACAUUUCGGCAGCAGAGAAGAAAAUAUAAACAUUCGUGAAACAGUUGGUGACUACGAUAACCUCAAAGGACAACAAAUUCUACGACAAAUAUUGAACAGUUCAGAAGAAAACGGCGACGUGUUUCCAGAACUUUCGGCGUAGCUGAGCGGCGAAUGCGGCAAGAGACGGCGCACUGUUUCAGCGAGUGAAGUGUUCCAGAGAACCGGCGAAAAGCGGUACUUCGCGGGACAGAGCGACCCAAGGCGUCGUGGGACUUCAGGCCUGUCUCAUCGCGGGACAUCGAGAUCGUCGCAUCGCGGGACUUCGAGAUCGUCACUUCGCGGGACAACAUGGGAUGAGUCGCCGAUAAUAGCAAGUGGAAAAUUUAAGGGAAACUAUGUUAUUUAUAUUGGUUUUGAGAAUUUAUCUUGUAUUUGUGUAACAUUGUGUAAUUUGUGUAUGUCAAUAUGGAUAACACUAGUACCAACAGUAGCGAAUCAGAUUUUAUAGGUUUUCAGGAAAAUGUAGAUGAUUCUGAGCAGUCAAAUCCAAAUUUUGAGACAAGUUUAAUUGAACAGGAUUUUUCAUGUCAACAGGAAAUAAUUGAAAACAUGGAACAUCCUGCCGAAAGUAGUCAACAGAGAACAAAUCAAACUGUUCAUAGCCCAGUUGAGGUAAUGGGGGGGUCAGACCAAAUUCUGCAACUACUAUUAUCAAUACAACAGAAAACCGAACAAAACAGUCAGGAAAUGGCAAAUAAGAUUGAACAGUUACAACAGGGACAGCAGGAAAUAAAACAGGAAAUUUCACAGGUUAAAGAUGAAAUUCUUACCCAGGUACGGCAGGAAUUAGUGAAUACAGAGGCCAAACUUAAGAAAGUACAAACGGAAGUAAACGAAAAAAUUUACAAUUGUACACAAAGGGUCGAGAAAUGUGAGUUGGUAAUUGAUAACUUACAGACUGGCCUAGAUAGCUGUAAUGGGGAGAUGGGCAGUGUAAAGGAAAGUGUAGGAAUAAUUAAACAUAAUAUACAAGAACAUGGAGAAAAAAUAUCGGCAUUACAGGAAAAUAUCAGUCAGGUUCAAAUUAGCAUGGAUAGGGACCACAAUGAGCUUAUUGAAGUACAUGGUAAAGCAAAUGAGAAUGCCCGGGGUAUUCUAUUAAAUGAAAGAGAAAUUGAGGAUAUCAAAAGCAAGUUUGAGGUUAACGUUGAAAAGGUUUUGAUGGAAAAUAGGAGGAUUGGUAACCAAUUUGAAAAGUUUCGAGACGAGGUUGGGCAGGAGUGUUUGAAAAAAGUAGAAGAAAAAUUGGGAAAAAUACGGGGAAAUUCUAGUGGAGGAAUUAGGAGUACAGUGCUUACUGUUGACGAAGUUAACAUUUUUGAGAAAAGCGUACCAAAAUUCUAUGGGGAUGACAGAGGGGCAACCCCAAUACAGUUCAUCACAAAGUGUGAAAAGGUUUUUGGAUAUUUAAAGGGUUCAGAUGAACAGCAAGUAGAAUUGUUUGUAUCAAAAUUGGCAGGUGAUGCAUUGCAAUGGGGAAUGCAAAAGUAAAGUGAGUGGAACAAUUUUGCAGAGGCAAGGCAAGCCUUUCUGGAAAAAUAUUGGGGAAUUUAUGUGCAGGAUGAUUUUUUGCAAUAUUUGUUUUCAGGGAAACACCGAGGAAGGGAUGGUCCCAUGGCUAAUUAUGUUCGCAAAUUACACAGUCAGGCGAAAUACCUCAGUAAUCCUAUAGCGGAUGAGCGAUUCAUUUCUCAUGUGGUACAUCAUUUUAACCGACAGGUACAAAAUUGCAUCCUAGGAUUGAGAGCCAAAAGUGUUGAGGAGGUAGUGACGCUGCUCGAAACUCUCGAUCGACGAGAUGAGCGAGAAGAGGGGCUCCGGGGCACCAGGGCAGGCCGCAGGGCCCACACAGGGAGAGGGCCCACCAACCAGGUUACCAGCAACAACCUCCUCGCCCAGAACAAGGUAAUGAAAGGGUACCCAGGUGGAGGCGAGAACAACAGCAAGAAGGGAGGGCACCAGAAGGGCAGCGACAACCACCACAACAGGAACGACGUGAUAAUAGAAAUUUAAACCAAUAGGGUGGGAGGAUCGAGCCUCAGACCACCCACAAGCAAAUGCAAGAGGGGCAGUAUCACAAUGCCAGGUUUUGCAAAAUUGUAAUAAUAAAAUUACCUCACAUGAUAGAGAUGACUUAUUACAUGAUGUUUAAGAAUUAGGUAACCAAAUUGUUCAAGGAAAAAUGGGUACAUGUCCU